AAAAAAACUUCUGUUGUCGUUUGCAGGAGAAAGCUACUUCACUCCUUCCUUCGUUCAUCCGUCUCCGAACCCUACAUUCUUGUUCAGUCGACAGCAACCUCCGAGCUAAUCUUCUCUUGAGACCCGUAUAAGUUUCUUCGGAGUUUCUUUUCCGCAUUCCUUCCCGGGGACGAGCGCCGGAAUGUUGGUUUCCGACCGCAGUCGUUGUGUCUGUUUAUGGAUGUGGAUACUUUCCGUGGAGAACCUUUGACGCUAUCUUUGUGUUGCCAUGGGGAAGAAUACCGACGAGGAGCGUAUUCAGCAGGCGAGCGACGCUGCCGUGGCGGCUGAGAAUAAUGCGCGUCGUAGCAGAUGCUCCGGUUGUUGUUUUUGCGGCUGGAUCUCGAGAUUCGUUAGCCUCAGAUGUGUUCUGGUUCUGGCGUUUUCUGCUGCGGUGUUUCUUUCCGCGUUGUUUUGGUUGCCUCCGUUCCUCGGAUUUAGAGAUCGGAAAAAUCUGGAUCUGGAUCUCGACCCAAGGUUCAAAGAUCAUGCGAUAGUGGCGAGUUUUGAUGUUGAAAAAUCAGUUUCAUUCUUAGAGGAGAAUAUGUUACAGCUUGAGAACGAUAUCUUCGAUGAAAUAGGCAUCCCAAACACAAAAGUUGUUGUUCUAGGUCUUGAACGUUUUGGUAAAAACUCGAACAGAACAAGGGUUGUGUUUGGAGUUGAUCCUAAGAAGAAGAACUCAAAGAUAUCUCCCGAAAUCCAGAGUUUGAUAAGAGCGGCUUUCGAAACUUUGGUCAUAAAGGAUUUGUCUUUUCGCUUGACCGAAUCCUUGUUUGGCCAACCCUUCUUAUUCGAGGUGCUGAAAUUCCCUGGAGGAAUCACCAUUAUCCCUCCGCAGCCGAUAUUCCCUCUUCAGAAAGUGCAAAUACAUUUCAACUUCACCUUGAACUUCUCAAUAGACCAAAUACAAUCAAAUUUCUACCAACUCACAAGCCAGCUGAAGCAGGGAAUAAACCUUUCACCAUAUGAGAAUUUAUACGUAACUUUAUCAAACUCCAGAGGAUCGACGGUCUCUCCUCCUACAACGGUUCAGUCUUCUGUUCUGAUGAUAUUUGGUAAUAACCCUUCGAGGCUGAAGCAGAUUGUUCAAACCAUCACCAGCUCCCAUUCAAAAAACCUCGGCCUCAACCACGCGGUCUUUGGUAAGGUUAAGCAAGUCUGUCUUUCCUCAAUCCUGCAACAUUCCCUCAAUGAUGGAAAAGGAGGAAAUGCCCCAUCAUUGUCCCCAAACCCUGCCCCUCAACCUAGUCCCCAUCAUCACCAUAACAGCUACUUAUCUCCUCACCUUGCUCCUGAACCUUCACCUGGCAACAAUGGCUUUGCACCUGCAUCAGCACCCACCAAACAUUCUCGUAUACCUUGGAAGAGUGGCAUUGCCUAUCCGCCUUGCCAUUUUCGGUACUGGAGGUCAAACAGAAACAUCAGUCCAAAGCUGUCUCCUCACCAUCUGGUGGCUUCAACACCGAUACAGUCACCAGCACCAAGCCCUGCUCCGAUUCACCAUUCAAUCCCAGCCUCCAGUCCUUCGCCAAAUCCCGUGCUCGCUAAUACACAGUCUCCAUCAAGAAAUGACCCAGAAACUCAACAGCCCCAUGAAUCGCCAACAAUCUCACCACCACCUUCUCAAAAUUCUUCCGCUCACAUAGGCCAGACAAGGAAAUGGGCAAGAUUGAUCCUUGUAUUAGCAGCUGUAAUGUGUCUGUAAUACAAAAUGCAGGAGAGAAGCUGCUUAACGUUCAAGCUGUAAAAGACAAAGCAGCAGUUCUUAAGCACUUCUUACUCAAAGGUAACUGUAUAAAUCAGCAGAAGAACAUAUGUAAUCCACAUUUAUACAUAAGAAAAAGCAAAGAAAGAAAUGAAGAGAGCAAAUAGGUUUUGUAAGAGCGGGUUGCAGCACAAAAAGUGUGUUUAUGCGACCCCCCCUCAUAUAUAUAUAUACAUACACACACACAACAUUUUCUAUGCAUUCUGUAAAUAAAGUGUUUUUUAUGAUGAAUUGGCAGACAAGACAAUGAAAGUGGGUUAAUACCCAAUUGGGUUUUGACUA